GUUACCUAAUCGGACGUGCAUGUGCGAAUUUUGUGAUAAUAAUGUCAAGGCCAAUGUUAAAAUUAUAGUUUUUUGUUGAAAUUUGCAAUAAUUUUAGUUUAAAUAAAAUAAAAUUAGAAACAUGUUAUUAUUUCCUAUUAUUGAAUAAUCGUUUUAGUGUUCAGAAUCGUCCUAAACCCUAAAGUACAAGUGUUGCUUCCGCGUCAUAACCUCUUUUCAAAUAAUAUCUAUGGAUGGAGAUAAUAUGCGCCAUAAAUUGAGAAACGCAUGAAGUUCGCGUUGCGAAUCUGGCCGAUUGAUGUGAAAGAUAUUCCGAAGGCCGUGAGUGAACACGGAAAUCGAGAUGUGUGUGUGGUCAAAAGACAGUGCAAGGUAGGGGUCGGGUGGCGUUUGUGAUGGCAAAAAUUUUGCAAAUGCACGGUCACUGACAUUAGCACCCACAAUGGACCAGCAGUUCUGCUUGCGCUGGAACAACCAUCCAAACAAUCUGACUGAUGUGCUUGCGAGUCUGCUACAGAGAGAAGCUCUCUGUGAUGUCACCCUCGCGUGCGAUGGGGAAACAGUCAAGGCACACCAAACUAUAUUAUCAGCAUGCUCCCCAUAUUUUGAAAGUAUAUUUCUACAGAACUCUCAUCCACAUCCAAUCAUAUUCCUCAAAGAUGUACGAUUCUCGGAGAUGAAAUCCCUCCUUGACUUCAUGUACAAGGGUGAAGUAAAUGUUGGCCAAAAUAUGCUACCAAUGUUCCUAAAAACUGCUGAAAGCUUACAAGUUAGAGGUUUGACAGAAAAUAAUACGUUAAAUCCGAAGUCGGAGGAGCGGUCGACGCCGUCGGUGAGCGCGGAGAACCUGUCGCGCGCCGAGUCGUUCGCGACGCCGCCCGCCGCGCACUGCGCGCCGCCCGCGCCCCUCACGCCGCUGCCGCCCGCGCCGCCGCCGCACCUGCCGCACCAGCCGCACGCCUCCCACGCCUCGCACCAGCCGCAGCUGCAGCCGCUCGAGAAGCGCCGCAGGAAGAACUCCACCGUGCCCCGCGACGACCUCGACUCCGCUUACCGUCACUACGAGCAGGGCCACCUAAAAUCUGGCAAGGGGGGUUCGACGGGGUCAGGAUCGGAGCCGUCGACGCCGCCGCCGGCGCACACCGCGGCGCGGCUGGGCACGCGCUCGCCUGCGCACACGCCGCUUGUGAAGCAGGAGCCGGACUCGCCGUAUGGCGCGUCGACUCUCGCGCCGCAGCAACCCGCGCAUGCACCGCCCUUUGACCAGCCCCACCUGCAGACUUCAGCCUGGCUUCGGGUGAACAAUGUGGAGGACCGUAACGAAUCCCUUUUGGACCUCAGCUCGGGUCGAACCUCGGGCAACAUACUCGCUUCGAUCCUCGCUCUUCCGCCCGGAGACGUUUGCGCGCCCGCCACCCCGAAUAGAAAGUGUACUCUCACUGCUAAGAAGGGAGGACGAUUCCGUACUAAUUGGCUGUCGAUAUAUCCUUGGUUACAAUAUGACAAGUCGCUAAAUAUCAUGUAUUGCAUUUACUGCCGCAAAUGGUCGCACGAGCUGUCAGUGAAACGCACGUCGUUUGUGGAAGGCAACGCCAACUUCAGACUGGAAAUUUUGAAUCAUCACGAUAAAUGCAAAGCGCAUAGUUUUUGUCGAGAUCUUGAACAAUCUCAGAGUGUAAAUAAUGUGAAAAUUAACCAAAAGACUAGUGAUAGUUCUUGAAAUUCCUCGAAGUCUAUGUACAAAUGAAUAAGUAUUUGUAUAUAUUAUUAAACUGUAUCGAACUCGGAACGGUAGGAGCAGUGAUGAUUUAUACAUAAAAUGUGUAAUAGUCUUGCAAUUAAGGUUAAUAAUAAUGGGUACAUGUUACGGUAAUUUAUAGGUAUUACCGUUACCCGAGAUAGCUUGCAAC